AUGUCGACUCGACAGGACUCAGCGGCCCGCGUGCGCUCGCGACGCUCCAUUGCUCACGUACCUCGAUCUAAGACGAUCGGCUUGGACAAGGAGAAUGCGACGACUGAUAUUGGAGCCAUACCGCCCUUUGGAAACAAUGAAAAAGCAGUGACUAGGGAAAAGAAGUCCCGCAGUAAGAGCUUGGGCCCUGGCGGACUCGAUGCUCUUCAAAAAUCCAACGGUAAUCGUCGCAAGGUGAGCUAUCAGUCGACUUCACCCACGCGCGCAUCUAUGACCCCUUCUGACCUCGUCCCUCUCCAGUCUACCGCUUCAUUUCCUCUCAAAUCAAUCCUCAAGCCCACUGUCCCCGUCUCUCCGGUCCGAAAUAUCCCGUCGUUCGAGGAAACGCGUCGGCGCACUCCGGCUCGCGAUGCGCGGAACCAGAGAGCCAACACAUCUAGCAACGGGCAAGAAGCACAUUUGAUCGACUUUGCAACACCGAACCAGCCUCUUGUCACUGAAUCAGAGAACUUGACCAACCCUUUUGAUACUUUCAAUGCGACAUCCGCCAUCCGCGAUGAAAUGGCCGCAACUAAGGAACGUGACGAUAAAGAGCGCAAGGAGCGCGAACGCCAAACAAUCUUAGAGAAGCGCGAGGCGCGACGGAAAUCAAUGGCGAACCGCCGAGUAUCCUUUGCCCCCGAGGCUACCUUGCACACCUGGAACGUAGUAGAUAUUCCAGAGGAUUCGACUGCAUCAUCAGCUGCAAACUCUACCAGGCGUGCAUCGUCUAUCAAUCCUCAGGCCCAGCGACAUGCAUCCACCCCCGCGAAGGAGGCACCCGCCUCACCCGAGGGCGACCUUGAUGGUGACGCCGAGUCCGAAUUUGGCUUCUCUCCUGUUCGCCAACAAGAUCUAGAGCAGAUGAGGGAACGCUCAGCAUCGACAGAAGGCCCCACAGACGUGUCUUCAAGUCCAUUUAGCGGAAGCUCGGCAUCUGGCAGCGAAGACACCGGCGCGCACAGUGUGGUGGCUGAAGAGGAAGACGAUAAUUCCUCUGGAUCCGAUGAUGGCUUUGAUGCUGAAAGCACUGCUAUGAGCAUGGAUGAUUUAACUGCUAGCUCUGCCGUCUCCAUGCAUUCAGACGUAUCUGCCAGCUCUAGCUCCAGUGCCAGACUCAAUCAAGCACUGCGCCAAGCUGCAAAGGAGGCUGGAACAGAGACAUAUGAGGAUGAAGGUGGAGAAAUGUCGAUGGAAAUUGCGGAUCAAGAAAUCACUGGCGCCUUCCAGCCCUGGAUCAAAAAGGGCCAACGGCAAAGCUUUGACUGGGAGGAUCUUAGCGCUCAUCGUGACCAAGAGAACGCCGGGCCUCCCAAAGCUGCCUCUGCGGGUGGCUCAGAGUCGGAUGGUACAGAUGAGGGUGAAGACCUCAGUAUGGAUGUGACAAACGCAGUCGGCAAAAUUCUUGAAAAGACUUCUGGGCGACGGAAGAGUGCGGUUCCUCGCAAGUCGCUCGGCCAAGAGACCAACUAUGGUGAUGAGACUAUGGAGAUGACCAACAUGAUUGGAGGCAUAUCGGGAAUGGACUCAUCAGGAGCCCGCAAUUACGACGACCACGAGGACGAAGAGAUGACGAUGGAGUUCACUUCAGUUGUUGGUGGUGUCUUGAGCAAAGCUGCGCCUCAGCAGUCCUCUGAAAUCGACGAUGCUGACCAGGAGAACACGACUCCAAAGUCGGAUGGCAUGAAUUACGAUCGCGAUAAUGAGUCUGAUGGAGACAUGGACAUGGAAAUGACUAGUGCUAUUGGUGGAAUUCUACCAUCGGGGUUUGAAUCCCAGGAUAAGGCCCAAGCGAAGAUGGUGAUGGAACUUGAGAGCUCGCCUUUCCAGGAGAGCGUCCGAAAAUCGCCAGGCAAGUCUCCAGCCAAAUCAUCUCUCGGCCUCCACGUUGCUGCUGUGGCUUCUGAGGAUGGCAGCCCUAGCCUAGCAAGCAUCAAAUCCAAACGGACACGCCGUAGCCCUGCAGGCCCGUCCAGCACUCCUCAAUCUGCGAGUCGACGCCGGUCGCCUUCAAAGCCAUCGACGCCCCCUAAGCAGUCAACACCUCAAACAAAACCCACUACGCCUAGCAAAACUCCUCCGUCUGCCAAUGUCUCCUUCCGAAGCGCUUCCCCGAAGAAGCUCUUCAAGCCGGAACUCAAACAGUCGGCUGAGAAGCGCAAGUCUCCUCGUCGAAGCAUCUUCGAACAGAAUACGGCGACUGGUCAGUCGACUCCUCGCAUCGUCUUGCAGCCCCGCGAAGGGCGUCGCUCCUCUGGGCUUGGAAUCGACAGGGAAGGCCUUGGGUCGCCUCGUGUCGCUGCCAUGCUCGAUAAGCGCUUGUCUCUCGGUGAGAAUACUCCGCAAUUUGCUCCUCAAGAGCGACCUCGUGGCGGUGUCCGCUUUGAGGAUCCGUUGAAAAUGCAGGCGGAGGAAGAGCGAGAUCGCGAACAAGAAGAACUCCGAGAGGAUGGGCAUAUCUUAUCUGGCAAGCCUGAUGAGCGGGACGUCACCGCGAGCCUAAAAGACAUGAUUUCAAGUCUCAGUCCGAAGAAGGCCAAGCCCCGGAAAAGUCUCCAUGUGGGUGCCGCUCGGGGCAUUCUCGGGAAACGCCCCAUCGAGCUCGAUGCUGAGGAAGAGGAGGCCGAGAACUCACCCAAACGACUUCGUGGGCAUGGUGUGAGCCCUGUCAAGGGCGUCAAGCUGCCAGCCCCGACACCACAGAGUAGGCCGCGUAAAUCAAUGCGUUCUCCGAACCGUAGGUCCGUCAGUUCUUCCCCACUCAAGAACAGUACCACUCCUACUCAGGAACCUCGAAGUGCAUUCAUAACCGGCGCCACUCCUCUUAAGGAGGGUAUUGAGAGCUUGAACAUUGCUUCUGAUCCCCCGCAGCCGGAGCCAGAGGAUGCAGAGGAGGUCAUCUCCCGAGAACAAGGCGAUGAUAGCGAGCCUAUUCAACUGCAGGACUUCCUGAACAUGACCAACAUUCAUUUCAUGGAACUCACGACGACCAAAAGACGGCACACUACUGCUCCUGGAAGUGCUAGCAAGAGAAGCAGCCGGCGAGCUAGUGAAAUUCCUAAGGCCGGAAGCAUUACUUUCGAUGACUGCGUGGCUGCUGGUUUCUGUACGAUGCCUAUGUUGGAACUGUAUCAACAUUCCUGCCGCGAGUUGAAGUCCUACAUCUCGGAAGGACGACAGGUUAUCCGAUCGAUUGAGGCUGAAACAUACGAGGACAACCCUCCCCUAUUCCGGGAAUAUGUUACAGCACCGCCAGACAUCCGAGUUAUCAUGGACAACCAGUUCCGAAACGUCAAGACUCAUGCACGACUUCUCAGCAAGGCUACAUGGUAUGAGUGGCGCAUGAAGCUCUUGGAAGGUCUCAAAGAGGGUCUUCAUCGAAAUGUCAAGGACAUGAAAGCCGAUGACGAACUACUUUCUCAACACGAGGAACUUCUCAACAGUGCUGUGCCGGCUCUCGUAGAAAAGCACGCCUCGCUGAAAGAGGAAGCAAACAGUUUGCAACAACUUGUCGAGGAGAUGGAGAGCUGUGAUCAAGAUGAGUUGCGCGGCGCUCGCACAAUGCUCUCCAGUGUGGAGGAUGAGAUCGAGGUGAAGAAGCGGGAACUCAUACAGCUGCAGAAAGAGGCUCAAGAGAGAACAGACGUUAUUGAGGCCGGGACGGAGAUGCGUGAGGAGUUCAUGGCUCAGAUCCAGCAGGCGGAGCGCGUUAAAGAGGAAUGCCGCGGGUGGAGCGCUCGCGAUAUCAACGAGCUUAAAGCUUCUGUACAGCGGAUUGAACGCCAAACUGGCUGGUCAAUUACAUCUGCAUCAGCUAACGAUGAAGCCGCCACCGAUCCCAUGCUGAUCAUGUCAUACCGAAGUCAACUGCAAAUCAAGUUCCACCCCGGAGCUUUUGCUACGAAAAAUCCCAAUGCCGACAAAAUCAACAAGCUUCUCGAGUUGAGCAUUAUCAAUGGCAAAUCGGCGUCUCCAAUCGCAUCCCUCGUCCUCCAGUCACUGCGAAGCCACCUCGCCACCAUUCAGCAAUCUUUGAUUGCCCCCAAGCAGCUUUUACACUUCGUCUCGUCCGCAUGGGACCGCGCUCUUGGGCUCGAAAAUGAGGCUCGCAUGCUGGAAUUCUGCGGCGUCACUCGACUUACGCUUUCUGAGCCCGCCGAAAAAUCUCUCUCUCUCCGCGCUCGUUGCACUCUCCUCGGCAAUGCCGCUGUACCAUCCACGCCGAGCCGCAAUGGUACCGCAACGAAGAACAAUGGGACUAAACGAAUCGACGUUGACUUCAACGUCCGCACACGUAUCGUCCCUGAAAACUCGAAAGAGAUCGGAUCUCUAGACUUCAAUAUCGACGUGCUCGCAACCAAAGUCUACGGCUUCGGAUUCGGAAACACAUCCGGCCUGUCAGGCAAGGAAAUGCAGAGUAUCCUAGGCAAGGGACUAAGGCACCAAGAUGGUGAAGCCCAGCUUGGAAAUGGUGUUUGGUGUAAGGCUGUGCGGUUAUUGACUGGGUCUGUGUUUUAA